AUGAAGAGAGAGCGGGAUUCCGACGGGGAGUCCGAUGACCAAGGCGGCAUUUCCAGAUCCCGUACCUCCACAGAGGAUUACGGAAUGUACAACCCUGGGUACAGCUUUGUUCGUCUACAUGUAGUGCAGACCAAGCCCAGCACCAAACGUACACGUGUUGGUCACGGUGACACAACUACUGCCAAUGGACCUUUGAAACCCGAGCCCGAGUUUGAGAGAUUCAGAGAGCUCAGCCUUAAGGCAGAUCCUGAUGCGGACCUUUAUGGAAUUGAACUUGGGGUUGGGCUGUCGAGACACAACAAUUUGCCAGAUGUUCAAACACUGAGGCAGAACAACUCCAAUGCCCCCAGUGUGCAAACUCAAGCCCUCGCCCAGUAUCCACGUAAAAACGACAGGCCAGACAUUGCUGAGAAUGCUUCCCGAGAAGUCGAAGCCCCAAUCUUCACCACCAUCAAGGAGAAGCUGAACAAGGCGAUCCUUAACUUGACUUCGGAUGAACAUGCCUCCUCUGGAGAACCUUCCGCCAUGGGGCAAACAUUUUGCACUCUCAGGGCCAUGUCCUAA